CACACUCAAAUGGAGACCAAGCACUUGCUAACCCUCAGCUUUCUAGAUCAUCGAGGAUGUUUCCAUGGUUCUGCCCAAGAUGAAGAGUAUGCCAGCAUGAACAAGUGCCGUCGGAAUGACUGCCCGGUAUUGUGGUAGCUCACUUUACAUAGGCCUAUAUCCGCGCAUGGGUCCGUUUGGCCCAGUGAAAGAGCUUAUGGGACGCAUUGCCACAGAUUAUCUCGGCAAGGAUCAGGCAUGUCUCUUGUUCAUCACCCAAAACUCCGCACAAGCAUGUCGUGACUUUGCGCUCUCGGACAACCGCAAGGAGAUUAAGUGCGAGCACGGUGAGGUGCAAGUGCGCGCUUUCGAUGGUCAUGUACGCAUCUGGGCCACUUGCUUUCCAGCGGUGAAAAUGCGGGCCGUGAUGCCCUACUGGCAAGACCCUGGCACCGGCAUUUCUUCGCGGAUAGCGCAAGAUGUCCUCGCCGAGUACUCUUCAUUGAAAGAAGUCGAGAGCCGCAUGGUGGAUCUCCUGAAUACCCGGCCGACAGAGCACCGUCCCGCGAAGGUAAAGUCUGGAGAUGUCUUCCUUUAUCAGACCGGAAUGGCGGCAAUCUACAGACUGCACGGCUAUCUACAGAACUCCUCCCUUCAACCCGGAAGUACUGUCUUGUUUGGCUUCGCAUUUCAUUCGUCGCCGAACGUGUACCGGGAGUAUAGCUCAAACUUCAAGUGGUUGGGACGUGGCGACGAACAACAACUGAAGGAACUCGAAGAGUAUUGCAGCACAGAAGCGGGCUCCGGAAGACCGGUGCAGUCGGUCUGGAUCGAGUUUCCAACGAACCCAAAUCUCAAAUGCGUGGAGUUGAAGCGACUGCGAGCGCUCGCUGACAAGUUCGGAUUCUUGCUCGUCGUCGACGAUACCAUUUCGUCCUUUUGCAAUGUCGACCUCUUAGGCAUUGCAGACGUGUUGGUUACGAGUCUGACAAAGAGCUUUUCGGGAUACGCCGAUGUCAUGGGUGGCUCGGUCGUGCUCAAUCCCAACGCCAAGCAGUAUGAGCUCCUCAAAGCGCUCUGUGACAAGAACUUCGUCAAUGAAUACUACAGCAAAGAUGCCGAGGUGAUGGAGCGAAACUCCAGAGAUUACUUGCAGCGAUCCAAGACGCUCAAUGACAACGCUCUCGCGCUUGCCCGAUACCUAUACGAGGUUGCUUCCGACGCUUCUUCCCCAAUCACGAAGAUUGGCUAUCCAGGCGUCGGUCCGGACGAGGCAAUCUACCUAGCGUUCAUGCGCCCAGCCUCUUCCGAAUUCCAGCCAGGCUUCGGGUGCUUGUUGAACAUCGAAUUCGAAUCAGUCGAGACCACCAUUGCCUUUUAUGACGAUUUGAAGGUUCACGACGGACCGCAUCUCGGUGCCCCUCUUACCCUGGCCCUGCCCUAUGUCAAAGUGAUUCACAGGGAUGAUGUAGCCUGGGUGGAGGAAUGCGGGCUGAAUGAGCGGAUGAUCCGAAUCUCCGUAGGGCUGGAGGAGACGAAGGACCUGCUGGACGCAUUCAAAGAGGCUUUGGAGGCAGCAAACGCUGCGAAGAGCAGAGGCCCACUUGAGAAGGCCAUCAACCCGAUGGGCCCUUAGCUUCGUCACGCCGUAUUUGCCAGUGACUAUUUUGAUGUGUGCUACAAUUACGACUGCUUGCUCUGUGCUCCCUCCUGUUCCAUGCCCUCGCAUCCCACAACCUUGCCAGCGACUUCUUCCGCCUUGCCCAGA